CUUCGAUAUUGACAUUGACCGACUGUAUCAGGAGUGGCUCCUUUUAAGCUGGCUCCCACCUCGAUUGACGCAGGUGAUGCUCCGCUCUCUCACACAGCAGCAGCCAGCGGCCACCGAACAAGCGCUCACUUGUGCGAGACCCUGUUGAAUCUGUCGACUGGCGCUGUCGCUCCCUUGCACAGGAGCCGUGCUGCGAUUUGACGAGAGCCUAGGAGGAGUAGCGUGUCCCGCCCUCGACGAGUUCCCAUCCCCAGUAUCGAUCGCUCCCCAGUUGCAAGCCUUUCAACCCUCGUUCACCACGACCGGCCCGCCGCCACCCGUUAUUCAAGAUGUCGUUCCUCGACAAUGCAUACAGCUUGGUCAAGGACAGUGCCACUGAGGGCACGCCGACCCUGUCCGAGCUGCGCACGCAGCUCGAGAAGGGUACCGAUGAAACUAAGGUCGAGACCAUGAAGCGCAUCCUAACCAUAAUGCUCAACGGCGAUCCGAUGCCCCAAUUGCUUAUGCACAUUAUCCGAUUCGUCAUGCCAUCCAAGUCCAAGCCGCUCAAGAAGCUUCUCUAUUUCUAUUACGAGAUCUGCCCCAAGCUUGACGCCCAGGGGAAGUUGAAGCAGGAGUUCAUCUUGGUAUGUAAUGGCAUUCGGAACGACUUGCAGCACCCGAAUGAGUACAUCCGUGGCAACACAUUGCGCUUCCUUUGCAAACUUCGGGAACCCGAGCUUCUUGAGCCUCUUCUCUCCUCUGCGCGCUCCUGCCUGGAGCACCGCCAUGCUUAUGUGCGAAAGAACGCCGUGUUCGCUGUCGCCUCCAUCCACCAACACUCGCCCUCUUUAAUUCCUGACGCAGCUGAGCUCAUUGCGACAUUCCUCGAAGGAGAGAGCGACCCCACAUGCAAGAGGAAUGGCUUCGCUGCUCUGUCGAGCAUCAGCCACGAGAAGGCCCUGGCCUACCUGAGCACGGUUUUUGACGGUAUCCCGAACGCAGAGGAGCUUCUGCAGCUGGUAGAGCUGGAGUUCAUCAGGAAGGAUGCUAUCCAGAACACGCAGAACAAGGCGCGGUACCUGCGUCUCAUCUUCGAUCUUCUCGAAGCGAACACGUCCACCGUGGUCUACGAGGCGGCAUCCUCACUCACAGCACUUACCAACAACCCUGUCGCCGUCAAAGCCGCCGCGGGCAAAUUCAUUGAGCUUGCGAUCAAGGAGGCCGACAAUAAUGUCAAGCUUAUCGUGCUGGACCGUGUCGACCAGCUCCGCCAGAAGAACGAGGGAAUCUUGGACGACCUAAUCAUGGAGAUCUUGCGCGUACUCUCGAGUCCGGAUAUCGAUGUACGCAAGAAGGCCCUGGAGAUUGCGUUAGAAAUGGUGUCCAGCAAGAAUGUCGAGGAAGUGGUGCUCCUGCUCAAGAAGGAAUUGUCCAAGACAGUAGACCAGGAGUACGAGAAGAAUAGCGAAUACCGGCAACUGCUUAUCCACUCCAUCCACCAAUGCGCGGUCAAGUUCUCGGAGGUUGCGGCGAGCGUGGUCGAGCUUCUCAUGGACUUCAUUGCCGACUUCAACAACGCAUCGGCUGUCGAUGUGAUCAACUUUGUGAAGGAGGUGGUCGAGAAGUUUCCCACUCUGCGGCCGGCAAUCGUGAAAAGACUUGUCGACACUCUCAAGGAGGUGCGGGCUGGCAAGGUAUACCGAGGCAUUAUGUGGAUCAUUGGCGAAUACUCGCUCGACGAAAAGGAUAUCCGGGAUGCGUGGAAGGGCAUCAGGGCCAGCCUGGGCGAAAUCCCGAUCCUGGCGUCGGAGCAGAGGUUACUGGAAAACAUGGAGAAUGGGGAAGGGAACACUGAGCAGGAGCAACUCAAUGGGCAUCCCAAAUCGACUCCCGCUGGCUCUCGAAAAGUCCUGGCCGAUGGAACGUACGCUACCGAAACCGCACUCACCAGCCAAUCCGCCGCUGCCGCUAGGCUCGAAGCUGUCAAGGCAUCCUCGAAGCCCCCUCUCAGGCAGCUUAUUCUGGAUGGUGAUUAUUAUCUAGCAACAGUUCUCUCAGGGACGCUCACGAAGUUGGUCAUGCGCCACUCGGAGAUUUCAUCUGAGGAUGCUCGCACCAACGCUCUCCGGGCAGAGGCCAUGCUCAUAAUGAUCUCGAUCAUCCGUGUUGGCCAGUCACAGUUCGUCAAGGCCCCCAUUGACGAGGACUCUGUGGACCGCAUCAUGAGCUGCGUGCGGUCGCUGGCCGAAUUCAAGCAGCACAAGGAGCUGGAGACGGUAUACCUUGAGGAUACCCGGAAGGCUUUCCGGGCCAUGGUGCAGGUUGAGGAGAAGAAGCGCGCGGCGAAGGAGGCAUUUGAGAAGGCGAAGACUGCGGUCCAGGUCGAUGACGUGGUCCCGAUCCGGCAGUUGUCUAAGAAAAAUGCCGUCGACGGUGCCGACGCAAUCGAACAGGAUCUCGAGAGGGCAACGGGCGGCGACAGCAGUGCCACGGAGGACCUUUCGGGCAAGCUCAGCCGGGUUGUCCAGCUUACCGGUUUCUCAGAUCCGGUCUACGCGGAAGCAUAUGUCAAGGUUCACCAGUUCGACAUCAUUCUCGAUGUGCUGCUGGUCAACCAAACAACCGACACCCUCCAAAACCUCACCGUCGAGUUCGCAACACUCGGUGACCUCAAGGUGGUGGAGCGGCCUACCAGCCAGAACCUGGGCCCGCACGACUUCCACAAUGUACAAUGCACCAUCAAGGUCUCAUCGACAGACACUGGCGUCAUCUUUGGCAACGUUGUGUACGAGGGCGCGCACUCAACCGACACCAAUGUGGUCAUCCUCAACGACCUGCACGUUGACAUCAUGGAUUACAUCCAGCCGGCGACCUGCUCGGAGACGCAGUUCCGCACCAUGUGGACCGAGUUCGAGUGGGAGAACAAGGUUAACAUCAACAGCAAGGCCAAGACUCUGCGCGACUUCCUCGACCAGCUCAUGGCGUGCACCAACAUGAACUGCCUCACGCCGGAGGCUAGUAUGAAGGGCGACUGCCAAUUCUUGAGCGCGAACCUGUACGCCAGGAGUGUGUUUGGCGAGGACGCCCUGGCCAAUCUGAGCAUCGAGAAGGAGGGUGAGGACGGUCCGAUCACUGGCUUCCUGAGGAUACGCAGCAGGUCCCAGGGGCUGGCCCUCAGCCUGGGAUCCCUCAAGGGGUUGAACAAGAUUGGCUCUGUCGCUUGAAGGGGCUUGCCGCACAGAGGACGUCAAUGAAUACCUUAGUAACACAUAUGUACGCGGUUAAGCUUGGUUGCAGUUAUCCUGAGCCACCCCAGUAUAGCGACGGGGAAGGCUGGCGUUAAGUCAAAGUUGACGUGGGAUGGCCAUUCGUGGUAUGUUCAAUCAGCGAGUUGACACUGCGUUGCUGAGCCCGGGCGGUGUAGCAACUGUUGCAAGCGUGAGGAGUUACGGUUGACGUAUGGAAGAUCGCCCCGAAAAAGUGCAGGAGGCCAAAAUGGGGAGGGCAUUUUCCGGGAACGUAUAGACCAUGCAACCCAGGAAUUCACUUGUUGCUUCAUGAACCAGCUGAAGAUGAU